GGAGCGGCCUGGGCCUCGGGCCGGCGGUGUGCCCUGGCAGCCUUCCCUCGCGGGCUGCGUCUGCGUCCCCGCUCUCCUCCUCUUUGGGGCCUCCAGCCAAGAGGCGGGAGUGACCCUCAGGCAGCUGACCCGGCCAGUCCCUGCCUCUCGCACAGCCCUCGGGACACACCAUGGGCCCGGAGGCAGGCGUGCGACGCAGCAGCGACGGCGCAGGCGGCGGCCCCGGCGACGCCCCGCUGCCUCCCUGACCGCCGCGACCGCCGGCAACACACCCCGCGGCCCCGGAGAAGCCGCUCGCCGGCGCGGCCGCAGGGCUCCGGCGCCGCAAGAGCCGUGCUCGCCAUCGACUCAAGCUACGUCGACAGCCAUGGCGGGCGAGGGGCGGCGGGCGGAGCCGCUGCGGGAGGAGGGCUGGCUGCACGUCACGCCCCGGGCCCCCAUCCGGGAGGGCCGGCGGCGGCUCGUCCCGCAACAUGGCGGCGCCGACGGGGACGCGCCCGCCUACGCCACUGCGUCGCGCCAGGGCCGCCGGGAAGUGAGGUUUUCAGAAGAGCCUCCUGAAGUGUACGGCGGCGAUGACGAGCGCCGGGUGACCCAAGAAAAGUCCCCGGCGGGAAGACGAGUCCCGUCCGAAGAUUCGUUCCGGCUCGAUCCUGAGAAAGGGGAAUUGAGGGAAAGCGCCUAUUACCUUCGGCCCCGGACGCGGACGCAGCCGCGGCCCCAGGACGCCGGGGAGAUGCAGACGCGGAGGGCUUCGCGCCGGCUCCAGCAGCUCUCGCCGCAGCCCCCUCCAGAGCCGUCUCCGGUGACGCCCCGGAGGGGCUUAGGGGACCCCGAGCCCUCGGCAGUGUUGAGUGAAGAUCCUGUCCUCAGCCUUCGCAGACCCGCGCUCAGAAGCCUACGCUCUGAUUCAGCAUACAAAACAAAUGGAAACACUAAAAUGAGUGACUUAGAAGCCAGUGUGUUCCAACCAGAGCUCGGAUUCUCUGAAGAAGGAGAAUCUGAAGAUAAUGACCAGGACAGCUGCUUCGGGAGCGAUGCCACGACAGAAUCCAGGGAAUCUGUGGAACCGGAAGAUCACACCACCAAAUCACAUGAUCCGUCUGCAGAGUCCUCUUGGCAGUUACCGCAGAGCACAGAGUUGAGGGCUCGGGACGGGCAGCCUGUGCGGUUCAGAUAUCAAAAGAUACCCCAAGAAUGGGAUGAACAAACAUUGAGAAUGAGGGCUGGGUUGCAAACGUCUGCACCAGGCAAGAGUGCAGUUCAAGGCCACGUUUCAGACGAUGACAGGAAUCAGAAAACCGAGCCGAGAAACCACUCUCCGCUGAUCAGCCGCCACCAAGCAACUGAACAAGCCGCACGUGAGUCUUACGUCAAGAUGCAGUGGUGGUGGUGUCUCCUUGUCCUGAUACCUGCUCUGGCCUACUGGCUGUCUUGGUUGUAUUACACUCCUGAGGUGGACACCUCCGCUGUCCGGCAGUUCCAGGACCAGAUGAAACAGCUGAAGAAUAAGUACCAAGGUCAAGACGAGAAGCUCUGGAAAAGAAGCCAGAUGUUCCUGGAAAGGCACCUGAACAGCUCGCAGCCGCGGCCGCAGCCUGCCAUCUUACUGCUCACAGCGGCCCGAGAUGCUGAGGCCGCGCUCAGGUGCCUGGGCGAGCAGAUUGCUGAUGCCUACUCUGCCUUCCGCAGCGUCCGCGCCAUCCGCAUCGACGGGGCGGGCAGAGCUGCUCAGGACAGCGACGCCGUCAAGCUGGCCGUAGACGCGCAACUGAGCCACGGCUUCGAAAACGGCCAGAACGCCGCCGUGGUCCACCGCUUCGAGUCGCUGCCGGCUGGCUCCACUUUGAUCUUCUAUAAGUACUGCGACCAUGAAAAUGCAGCCUUCAAAGAUGUCGCCCUGGUCCUGACCGUCUUGUUGGAGGAGGAGACGCUUGACAGCAGUCUAGGCCUAAAAGAAAUUGAGGAAAAAGUGAGAGAUUUCCUCAAAGUCAAGUUCACCAGUUCUAACACCUCCAGCUCCUACAGCCGUAUGGACCCAGACAAACUGAAUGGCCUGUGGAGCCGCAUUUCUCACCUAGUCCUGCCUGUGCAGCCGGAAACUGCCCUGCAGGGGGGCAGCUGCUUGUAAGAGGUGAAGGAAGAGAAAAUCAUGUCUCCCAAGUUCUGAGAAUGUUUCAGACUUUCUAACCAGACCCAGAAUUUAAAGCACUUUUGAAAAGAACUGGUUUCUUCUGAAAGGAAGUUGAGUUCUUGUGUAAACAUGAAACAUCUAAGUGAUUGA